AUGGUUUUACAGUUGACCACUACCUUUACAAGCAGUCCGGGGAUAGCAGCCGUUCAACCCAUUGGCUUCGCACCUGGCUGCGGAGGCGUAGUUUCGACCGUGCAAUGUGCCGUUGCUCCCUUCGCCCUGGCGACUGUGUCCGACACCUUCCAGAAUCUACAGGGGACCUUGGGAGCUUUGACUGUUGGUCCUGCAGGAGCUACCGUUGUGUCUGCUGCCACAAGAACAACCGUCAUUGUCACGGUGGAGCUGACUCUUCCCUACACCGUUGACCUUCAAGAUACGUCAUCACAAGCCUAUACCAACCUGAGCGUAACUAUUGAAAAUGCGGUCCUGCAAGUAUUUGCUGCCAACCCAGCAGACAUCCAGUCGGUGUCCAUCACGUCGGUGGCCCCAGGAGCGACCGCAACAAGCACAUCAGUGACUGUAAGUGUAGUAACGCUAGGUGCAAAUGUCGUCGCCACCACCCAAAUCAUCGUCAAUACCACAGCGGCGGGAGUGCAGCUUGGAAACCUGCCUGUAGUGUCGUCUACCGUUGGAGAUACUACUCCUCCAUGUAGAGCUGUAGCAGACAUCGUCUUCAUUGUGGAUGGCACCGGCAGCGUCGGCUUGGACAACUUUGAGCGAAUGAAGACCUUCAUCAGGCAGCUCUUUGCCUACUUGGAAAUCGGAGAAAACGCCGUUCGCGUCUCCAUCGUUCAGUAUGCAGCCCAGGCGCGCACAGAAUUCUUCCUUGACCAGUACUACGAUCUCCAGGAGGCGCAAGAUGCAGUGGAUGGUAUUGAUUACAUGAGCGGCUACACGCUGACGGGUAAAGCCAUCGACUUCGCCACUAAUCUGCACUUCGACCUGAGGAAGGGCGCGCGAGCCGACGUCACCAAGAUAGCCGUUGUCAUCACCGACGGCAGAUCCUAUGACGACGUCAACCGCCCUGCUAGGAGGAUGCGCCAGGCAGGAAUCGUCACCAUUGCUGUCGGUGUGGGCAAUAACUUGGACAGAGACCAACUGACAGCUAUCGCAGGAGAUCCAAAGACUCUUCUGUCCCUGGAUGGUUUCGACAGACUUCAGGACUUGACUACUUCUCUGCCCACCAUGCUUUGCGACGUUGGAACAAGUCAGCAAAUUGUCGUCUCCAUCUGCAUCACCACGACGUACGGUACGGACCUUCUGAACGCCAACUCCAGUGACUCCACGGCACUUUUCCAGCAAGUGGUUCAAGGGUUGACCACUACCUUUACAAGCAGUCCGGGGAUAGCAGCCGUUCAACCCAUUGGCUUCGCACCUGGCUGUGGAGGCGUAGUUUCGACCGUGCAAUGUGCCGUUGCUCCCUUCGCCCUGGCGACUGUGUCCGACACCUUCCAGAAUCUACAGGGGGCCUUGGGAGCUUUGACCGUUGGUCCUGCAGGAGCUACCGUUGUGUCUGCUGCCACAAGAACAACCGUCAUUGUCACGGUGGAGCUGACUCUUUCCUACACCGUUGACCUUCAAGAUACGUCAUCACAAGCCUAUACCAACUUGAGCGUAACUAUUGAAAAUGCGGUCCUGCAAGUAUUUGCUGCCAACCCAGCAGACAUCCAGUCGGUGUCCAUCACGUCGGUGGCCCCAGGAGCGACCGCAACAAGCACAUCAGUGACUGUAAGUGUAGUAACGCUAGGUGCAAAUGUCGACGUCACCACCCAAAUCAUCGUCAAUACCACAGCGGCGGGAGUGCAGCUUGGAAACCUGCCUGUAGUGUCGUCUACCGUUGGAGAUACUACGGUUCUGGCCCCCAGAGUGCAUGCGAUGUAA